UAGCGACCUCGUGUGGGUACAUUUAUCAUCCGCCUAGUAGUCACUAGCAGCUGCGUUCUCCAAAAGAAAGGGAAAGAAAUAUCAAAUAGGAGCGAAAACGGCCCCAUCGGUCACUUCCUGGAUGUGAGAGCAGAUGAGGAAACAGAGUAACGGUACCGCAGCGCUUUCUCUUGUGUCGGUUCAGUAGGCCAUCGUUCUCAAACAAUGAACAACGCUGGAUAACUCUUAACUCUUGGAUUACAGUACACACAGUGAAGGAUGCAAGGUGCUUUCGCACGGGUUUGCAUGGUGGUAGUAGCCGCUAUCCUCAACCACCCGCUGCUCUUUCCUAACGAGAACACCACCAUCCCUGAGCAAGAUGACGAGCUCCUGACCCGGAUGAAGGAGCACCAAGAGAAGCUGGAGGCCGAGCAGAAGCGCCUGGAACAGGAGAUCUCACAAACAGAAACAGCCCAGACGGAUGAUCGGGACAGUUACAGCUGGUACUUUUGGAGCACUCUCUGCCUAGUCAUUUUCUUCACCAUCGAGGUGUGCAGGCAGGAUAUCAUCCCUACGGAAAUGCCAGACUCCGCGGAAGAUGAAGAUGGAGAUUCCAGUGUCGAAUAUCUCAGCGCUAAGACUGUAGCCCUAGAUAAAUGUGUUCUAAGCAACUUCUGCAAGACCCGCUUCCAUCCUUUCAUCCACGAGAGUGGGAGAGUGCGAGAGUUUAUCGAGGGCUUUGCAGAUGAUCUUCUCGAGGCUUUGAGAAGUGUUUGCGAUCGAGAUUCUGACCUGGAGGUCGAGGAAUUUGUUGGUAUAGGGAGCAUGUUUGAGUCCUGGAGCGUGUCUAAACCUCCCACAUGUGACCUCAUUGUGCCUUUUGCUCCUCCACGGCCGUUCAGCUUCCAGUUUCAGCUCUGGUGUGACCCCUCCACUGAAAUUCCACUCGACAUGCAAGGAUGUGGAAGGAUUAAACUGAUAAAACCAGGUGGAAGUGGCACAGACUGUCUUUGUGGCUCAGCCAAUCUCGGUGAUGAUAUGCUGUGUCUGCUUCACAAUAGACAUGAGAGCGAAAAGCUUGAGGAACACACACUGGUGGAGCUCCUCUGUGAGAAGAACACCUCGUUUUUGUUGAAAGAUCAGAUCAUGAGAUGGUUCCAGAUCUCGGUGAGCAAAGCGUGGGGACAGAUCUCCCAUAAGUACGAUUUUGAGCUGGCAUUUCGGAACCUGGACUUCCCUGGAGCUCUGAAAAUCAGAUUUAGGUCUGGAAAGACCAUCAUUCUUAACAUCACCCCUGCCGUACAGUUUGAGGACACGGAUGCUUUCCUCAUCUCUCACUUCCCAUCUGACACUAGUAACUCUUCAGACAUUCACUGGCAACUCUCACUAACUGUUUAUGAGAAGAACCUGCUUAAACAUCUAGCAAAACGACUUCCUGCAAAUUCGUGUCAUGUUCACUGUCUUCAGAUAGUUUGUUUCUUGCACAAAAAGCAGACGGCUUUGACUGGGAGAAGCGCCCUUUCCGAUUACCAUAUAAAGACGGCGCUUUUGCAUCUGCUGUUGAGUAAACGUGCUGCGAUGUGGCAGCCGCAGAAUCUCGAUCACAGAUUACGAGAUCUGCUCAGCUUUCUGCAGCAAAGCCUGGAGGAAAAGAGACUAUAUCAUGUUGUUGUUGGGAACCCUCGCAUCCCAGUGGAAAUUCUGGUUCCCAAAAUAAUCCGUACUGCAGAACCGAUAAACCUGUUUAGGUCUCUUGUAUUACAGAGGCACAUAUAUGCCAAAAUGGAGGAGCAUUUUCAGGAGAUGGUCAAAAAUACCUCCGUGCUUGUUCAGGAAUACACCCCACACUUUUCUAAUGGUUACGUGAGACAUGAAUUUAGCUCGACAGACCAGACAUAGACUUACUCACUGCUCUGGCUGUGAGUGCAGGGGAAUUUUACAGCCUAAUUGCAUAAUGACGUCAUGCACUUCAAAUGUAAGCAACAUGUUAAGCAUUGACUGUUUGUGGUGCUAUGAGGAUAUUUGGGUGUUUCUUUAACUUUGGGCAUAUAUGUUCCAGGGGCCAAAUUUCAAGUUUUACAUAUUUGUUAGAUGUAGGUGAUGUUAAAUCAGUCUUUUUUAAACAUUUAGUUGUA